AUCAACGUGCGAAUUAUAUAUUUUUCUUUUGAUAUACUGUUUUUUUCUAGACUUGUAGAAGGAAAAGAAGUAAUUUAUGAUAAUUUCGUGACGCGAAUAAUUUCGUAAUUUAUGAGAUAGAAUUGACGCUAUCUUUACCUUAGUCGUUUAACAAAAAUUCCUCUUGUUCAUAAAAAUUUGUAAAUGCAACACUCGUCGACGCUUAUCGAUUUUUUUUAGCGCGCAAUAAGUGGGGCAAGUUCUGAUUAAUUGUGAAACGUGCGUGCGACAUAUCUCGUCAAAAUUUAUUUUACUCUCAUUGCACCGUUGCAAUCAUUUUAUUAAGUGUACACUGUUAAACUCGUAGUGUCAAAUUUUACUCAAUUGAGUCAUUUUUAACGAUUUUAUAAGUCGCCACUGCUCCUAAUACCUAAUAAGAAUGUUAAAUUUAACAAAUCAACGAAGGUUAAAUUUUAAAAAAUCAAUGAUGUAUUGAAUAAGUAUUUACUCAAUAUUAGUCAAACUACUUUAUUUAUUCAAAUUAACCAAAUAUUGGGUAGGAGCAAUGGCGACUCAAUGGAAAUUAACAUUGUAUAGUUAACGUAUCGUGCAUUUCUGGUGUCUGUUGAAUGUGAUAAUGCUCUAUCGCAAUUGGGUUUGCUGGAAUUGUCGGGUGAAUAUGAUAACGUUUUAGUAACGUGGAUAUACAGAUUCUCGUAAUAUUGCAUGGAGUGAAUCACUCACUGUAUAAACGUUCGUAUAAGCAUUGGCUACAUUUGAAACAUGAUACGCAAGUUCAUUUGGCGUUUCGCGAUUGCGAACGGGAAAAGCGAGAUUUUCCUGGUUGAAAGUUAAAAAUUCACGGUGAUCUGUGAGAACGCGUUGGCCGAAUUGUUCAAAAAGUUUUCAGCACCUUCAAAUCCUAGAGUUACCGAGUUUUCACGUAUGUUUUAACGCAGCGUAAAGUCGAGCGAAAAGUGAUUGGCAAAUUAAAAGACGCGUUUAUCAUUUUGCCAAUCAAAACGAAAUAAUCUUGUCGCGUGUAUUCAAUAUUCAAUACGAAUUGUAAUCUUAUAUCUCAUGCGGAGGUCUCGUAUAUUUCCGCAGCCUAGUUCUUUUAAUUCGUACAAGUGUCGACUAGUUGCUAUAAAUUACCGGCUCGUUAGAGCACUUCUGACGAAUCGAGUCAUUAGUGUCUGUCAUGCUCAUCAUAAUGCGCAGUGCCCGUCGAGGAAGUAAUUAAAGCGAUUAUGAGAAUGUCUGAUCGUAAAAAAGAGAGAAAGAGAGACUGCAUACAUUUAUUGAUAUACCGGUGAAUCGAUAUUCAGGGACUUUGCGGUAAUAUUACCGCAUGGAGUAUAAACCGCACCUACACAGGCGCACACGUACGCUCUGGAGGCAUAUGUCGGUGAACACCUAUCUAUCGCGCCUCCUCCCCUAUAUGUGUAUACGAGAGCACACACGCCUCACCGAUAUAUGCGUACAUAUGACGAUCCGAUGCAUUAUUCACCGGCGACCAACAGUACCAACGCCAUGCGCGGCGCGAUAACAACUAUAGCAUCUUCUCCGGGAAACACAGAAAUAGAUGGUGUACCCGUUCGUUAAAAGCGUUCGAGCGAGGCACGUGCUUACGAAUGAAAGGACCCAAAUUUCCGGUCGCCGUCUCGAUCGAAAUGAUUUCGUGAAAAUGAAGGGCCGGACGAUUCUACAUUCUUCUUCACCGAGGACGAUCUCCUAGAAAUGACACUAUGAAAGGAAAAGCUCACGACUCGACCAUACAAGGUUUUGCGAAGCAGUACCCCGGCUGUACACUGUAUACUAGAAAAAAGUCGGGAGGAACGGCGAUCCCUGGAGGAUCGAGAUCAGGCCGUGGAAUUUUAUUGAGGACCCUCGUGUUCGUCUUCCUAGCUACGUUCCUCUGGCUUCAGCUUCAUGUGAUCAGUUUGACGGGUCGAGAUGAUUCCGGACAAUCGUCAUCAAACGAAACGCUGUUCUCCCUCGUGCCUCAAGAAUUGCACAGAUUUUUGAAGGAAGGUCGUAAUGCGUCGGCGAUCUUAGCGAAUUCUAGCUCGGGUGCGCUUACGGAGUGGGAAAUCACGGAAAUCCGUCAUAAAAUCGAGCGGGCGAAUGCGGAGCAAAAAGUAUACAACGAGGAGGCGUUCGGGCCGUUGGCGAGCGACGCUCCAAUUAUAGUUAUCCAAGUGCACACACGGCUUACUUAUCUGCGGCACCUUAUCGUCUCGUUGGCGCAAGCUAAGGACAUCGAGCAGGCUCUUCUCGUAUUUAGCCACGACAUUUGGCACCCGGAUAUCAACUAUCUCGUGCAGAGCGUCGACUUUUGCAGGGUCAUGCAGAUCUUCUAUCCGCACAGCAUACAGACUCAUCCUCAUACAUUUCCCGGCGAAGGACCCAACGAUUGUCCGCGAAACAUUCGCAAGGAGCAGGCCUUAAAUUUAAAAUGCACCAACGCCAAACAUCCGGACUUGUACGGCCACUACAGGGAGGCGAAGUUCACGCAGACCAAGCACCACUGGUGGUGGAAAGCGAACAGGGUAUUCGAUCAAUUGUCGGUGACGAGAAACCACACCGGCAUGGUCCUCUUCCUCGAGGAGGAUCACUACGUCGCCGAAGAUUUCUUACACGUGCUCAGACUCAUGGAGCGCACUUGCAAGCUAAGUUGCGAGAGAUGCAACGUUCUGUCGUUGGGUACAUAUUUAAAGACGUACAACUAUUUUACGGAUUUUAAUCGUAAGUUCCUCGGCGUCGAUAGCGCUCUGCAGAAGGAGCUGCUGCGUGGAUUAAAGCGGCAGGAACUGUCGGCGUUGGCGCAGAGGCAGCAGAUCGGCAACGGGUACGGCGGCAUCAUCACCGUCACCGGCGAUGGCGUUAAUAGCGCCGGUGGUAACACCGCCGGCAUCGGUAAUGGGAGUACCGGUGGCGGUGGUGGCGGCAACGGCGGCGUCGUCGUCAGAGGCGUGUCAUCCACCUACUAUCAGAACGCGAACACGAUGCAGACGGCGCCCGGGUGGGCCUUCCAACUUCUGCCCAGCCUCUACAACCACUAUCAGAAGGCGGAAGUUACUCCAUGGAUAUCUAGUAAGCACAACAUGGGCAUGGCGUUCAAUCGUGUCACGUGGAACAAGCUGCGAAAAUGCGCGGCGCAGUUUUGUUCGUAUGACGAUUACAACUGGGACUGGAGUCUACAGUACAUCGCGCAAACGUGCAUGCCGUCCAGUCGGGGCGCCGGGAUAGCACCUCGUGCUGAAUCCGGAUUGAUCACGAUGACGAUGAGAGCUCCGAGAGUCUUCCAUAUCGGAGAAUGCGGAGUGCAUCAUAAAAAGAAUAACUGUGAAUCGACGGCAGUGAUAGCGAAAGUCCAAAACGUCUUGAAUGCGGCGCGCAAUCAUCUAUUUCCCUCGCAAUUAACGUUAACAGUUGCCGGAACGGCGAAGAAGACGAAACUCCGUAAGGGUAAUGGUGGAUGGGGAGACGUUCGAGAUCAUCAGCUUUGCUGGAAUAUGACGAUAUAUCCAGAUCUGGUUUUGCCUUGAGAAUUACGAAUUUGGUAUUAAUAAUUGAUUCUAAUACAUAGAACGUGAUACGAAUCGCCAGUUACUGAAUAAUAGUGAGGUAUUUAUUGCGGCAAUUCUAUCACGAUAAUCCAAAGGCAUAUACUCGAAGAUCUUAAUGGAAUGUUUAAGGACGUCCAGUGAGAUGAUGCAAAGACUGCGAAAGAAUCAUCAUUCUAACAAAUCGAAAAUUGCGCUGAGCGCAUUAUCGCCAGUCAUGAUCGAAGGCAAUUGUAAGACCGCUGUCACUGCCACGAACGGGAUAUUUCUUGCGCAAGUAGGAACUUGCGGAUAUUUUUUCGAGACAAGAUGUAAUAUUGCAACGGAUGAGAGAAGACGUCGAUCGACUCGACAGUGAGCUCAAAUUGGUGCUAUUCUAAAAGAAAAUGCAAUUUUUUUGUAAUAUAUUUAGUUUGGCGAUCCGGUAAGUUAUAUGCCCGUUGUGUUGACGUAAAACAGUGAAGAGGUAAAAGACACCUGAAACCUAUAUGCAGCUCCAGUGAACUAGUGAAAAAUGUAUUCCGCGAAAAAAAGAUAUUCGAUCGAAGCGCGUUAUUAUAAUAGAUAAGAAAAUUUAUUUAUUCAACAUUGCGCUAUCCAUAAAUAUAGUGUGAUAAAAACAUCGGUAAUAAGACGUCGCGUUCAUUUAAUUUUGUUUUCAAUUUGUUUUGAAGCAACAUGACGCGCACUCACUUAAAAAAACGAGUAUUCUCGAGAACUAUGCAGGGCAAUAUAAGAGACAAGUGUUCGAUUAGAUUGAAACAUGCAUUAUCGAUGAUAUUCUAAAGGCCUAUGAGACAGCGGAAAUGGCAACAUGUACGUAAUUCAUUUCCCAUAUCAUGUCGCUAUAAUGGUGAUAUAUAGAGGAAGAAAGGCUGCACCUUGUACUUCUGUAAUUUCAUGAUGAAAUUAACUUUCUGCUUCCCGACUUAGCUUCUGCUCUUUUUAAGAUACUACGCUCAACAGGGGCGUUUAUCAGAUUCGUAAUCUCAAUUACGAAUUGUGCUCAUCGUAUUCUAGUCAAUGUAUAUGACACUAAAGAGCCGCACGUAUUUAUAAUCGAUCGUAGAAAAUAAGUUCGUAAAAUUAAGGAUUCACACGUACUACUAGUGAUAUAUGCCUUCAAAGGGCGCAGUAAUGUCAUGUAACGACCUCGGGGAUACGAACAUAAUGAAUGUCUCAUGUACCUUUUAUAUUUAUAACAAUAAAACAACAGCAACGAAAA